AUGGCCUCCGUAGCAGACAGGUUGGGAGUCUCAAAGUCACAGCUUUUAGACCCCACCUCCUCGGAUGCUGCUGUGAAGCAAGCUCAUGCAGAGACUCAUGUUAUCCAGGAAACCAAAGCCUAUUUCAGUGCUAACGGUGUUAACAUAGAGUCCUUCAAGCAACGUGAAAGAGGAAACACUGCUCUCCUAUUAAAGAAUUUCACAUACGGGGUUUCAUCUGAAGAUAUUAGAAAACUCUGUGAACCCUUUGGACAGCUAACACGGCUUCUUAUGCCACCAAGUGGCACCAUUGCUAUAGUUGAGUUUGCUAUGCCUGAUGAAACCCUAAGGGCAUUCAAGGGCCUUGCCUAUAAGAGAAUAGGCGACUCAAUUCUCUAUGUAGAGAAAGCUCCCAAGAACUUGUUCGAGGGCGGCCCUCCAGUCACAAUGCCGUCCUUACUAAACCAGAAAGUCGUCUCCCAAGGCUUUUCUACAUCAGACACCUUCAAGGCAGAUGAGCCGGAGGCUCCCAUGGAGAGCGCGACGUUAUUCGUUCGCAAUCUUAACUUUGUUACUACUGAUGCCGGCCUGAGCGAUCUAUUCAGACCUCUUGACGGAUUCAUUUCUGCACAGGUCAAGACCAGACCAGACCCCAAGAAACCGGGCGAACGACUCAGCAUGGGCUUUGGCUUUGUGGAAUUUAAGAGUCGAGCCCAGGCUGAGGCAGCUCUCAAGGCGCUCAACGGGUAUAAGCUAGACCAGCACGAGCUUGUCAUCAAACCGUCUCACAAGGGCAUGGAUGCAUCUGAGCAACGACGAAGAGAAGACAAUGCAAAGAAGGCCUCCGCCAAACGAACCAAGAUCAUCAUCAAGAACUUGCCCUUCCAAGCCACCAAGAAGGAUAUCUGGUCUCUGUUUGCGGCGUAUGGCCAGCUCCGAUCUGUCCGUGUGCCGAAGAAGUUCGACCGGACUGCCCGUGGUUUCGCAUUUGCCGACUUCGUCAGCUCAAGGGAGGCUGAGAAUGCAAUGGACGCGUUGCGCAAUACUCAUCUCCUCGGCCGACGGCUGGUACUGGAGUUCGUCUCGGAAGAGGCCACUGAUCCCGAAGAUCAGAUCAAGGAGAUCGAGAAGAAGGUCGACGCGCAAGUGAACAAAGUCAAGAUUCAGAAACUUAUGGGUCCUGGAAGGAAGAAAUUCCACGUUGACGCGGACCUUGAAGACUAG